AUGCGGCUGGGUACCGCGCGCCUUCUCCUCUUGCUCCUGGCGCAGGCGCAGCUGCUGGCCGUGGUGUGCACGGAGGAGCUGGGCGCAGGUGAGCGCGUGGGCAGUUGCGCGGAAAGGGCGCAGGUGUGCGGGGAUGGUCCAGAUUCUUCUAGUAUAGAAGAUGACAUUGAAGAUGAGGACGAGGAGGACGACUCAGAGGUCAAAGAGGAAAGCGGUGUUCUAGUCCUAAACGACGAGAACUUUGACACUUUUGUGUCGGACAAGGAUGUGGUGCUGCUGGAGUUCUAUGCACCCUGGUGUGGACACUGCAAGCAGUUUGCUCCAGAAUACGAGAAAAUUGCUGAGACACUGAAGAGUGAUGAUCCUCCCAUUCCUGUGGCCAAGAUCGACGCGACCACAGCCUCUGUGCUGGCCGGCCGGUUCGAUGUGAGCGGCUAUCCCACCAUCAAGAUCCUCAAGAAGGGACAGGCCAUCGACUACGAGGGCGCCAGGUCCCAGGAAGAAAUUAUUGCCAAGGUCAGAGAGGUUGCCCAGCCUACUUGGACACCCCCACCUGAAGCCACACUGGUGCUGACCAAGGAGAACUUUGACAGCGUCGUAGACCAGGCCGAUAUCAUCCUGGUGGAAUUCUAUGCCCCAUGGUGUGGACAUUGCAAGAAGCUGGCUCCUGAGUACGAGAAAGCUGCCAAGGAGCUUAGCCGGCGCUCACCCCCAAUCCCCCUGGCCAAGGUCGACGCCACUGCAGAGACAGACCUGGCCCAGCGCUUCUCUGUCUCUGGCUACCCCACUCUCAAGAUCUUCCGCCGUGGGAAGCCUUUUGACUACAAUGGCCCCCGGGAGAAAUAUGGCAUCGUGGACUAUAUGGUGGAGCAGGCCGGGCCUCCGUCCAAGGCAGUCACAGGACUGAAGCAGGUGCAGGAGUUCCUGAAGGACGGGGAUGAUGUCAUCAUUAUCGGUGUAUUCAGGGGACAGGAUGACCCAGCCUACGCGCAGUACCAGGAGGCGGCCAACAGCCUGCGAGAGGACUUCCGGCUGCACCACACUUUCAGUGCUGACGUUGCCAAGUUCCUAAAAGUAGCCCCAGGAACGCUGGUGGUGGCACAUCCCGAGAGGUUCCAGUCCCGCUUUGAACCCAAGAGCCACGUGAUGAACGUGCAGGACUCUACACAGGCCUCGGCCAUCAGGGACUUUGUGGUGCAGCACGCCCUGCCACUGGUUGGCCAUCGCCGGGCCAGCACUGAGACCAAGCGCUACACCCGGCGACCCCUGGUAGUGGUCUACUUCAGCGUAGACUUCAGCUUUGACUACAGAGCUGCCACACAGUUCUGGCGGAACAAAGUUCUGGAGGUGGCCAAAGACUUCCCUGAGUACACCUUUGCCAUCGCCGAUGAGGAGGACUACGCCUCAGAGCUGAAGGAUCUGGGGCUUGGUGAGAGUGGGGAGGACGUCAAUGCAGCUGUGCUGGAUGAGGGUGGACGCAGGUUCGCCAUGGAGCCCACUGAGUUUGAUGCGGAUGCUCUGCGUGACUUCGUGGUGGCCUUCAAGAAAGGAAAAUUGAAGCCAGUCAUCAAGUCACAGCCGGUGCCCAAGAACAACAAGGGACCAGUUAAGAUUGUAGUGGGGAAGACAUUUGAGGACAUCGUGCUGGACCCCAGUAAGGACGUGCUUAUCGAGUUCUACGCCCCAUGGUGCGGACACUGCAAGCAGCUAGAACCUGUGUACACGGCACUGGGCAAGAAGUACCGUGGCCACAAGGGCCUGGUCAUCGCCAAAAUGGAUGCCACAGCCAACGAGGCCACCAGCGACCGCUACAAGGUGGAUGGCUUCCCCACCAUCUACUUUGCACCCAGUGGGGACAAGCAGAAUCCCAUCAGAUUUGAGGGUGCCGACAGAGACCUGGAGCACCUGAGCAGGUUCAUCGAGGAGCAUGGCACUCAGCUGGGCCGGGCCAAGGAGGAGCUCUGA